AUGGCAGAGGCACAAGUAAAGGAGUGGCAAGAGCGGGCUGAGGCGCUCAAGCCAUUGAACCUCAAGCAGAUCGAAGGUCCUCUCGGCGAGCUCAACGACCACCUCACGCUUCGCAGCUACAUUGUUGGCUACUCCCUCACGGACGCCGACACGACAGUAUGGAAGACCCUGCGCAGCAACCGAGUGGCACACGCAUACAUCAAGCACAACUUGAUGGUCAAUCUGUCGAGAUGGUUCAGCUUCAUCGAGGAAACAGCACAACCCACCAUCGACCUGCCCACGCGACCAAAGGAGACCGCAGACGAGGGUGCCAACUAUGACAUUGGCUUGCCAGAUGUCGAGAAGGGUGUUGUCACGAGGUUCCCACCUGAGCCAUCGGGCUACCUGCACAUUGGACACGCAAAGGCUGCUCUCCUCAACGACUACUUUGCACACAAGAAGUACAACGGCAAGAUGAUUGUCCGCUUUGACGACACCAACCCGUCCAAGGAGAAGCAGGAGUUCGAGGACUCCAUCCUGAAGGACUGCGAGCUUCUCGGCGUCAAGCCAGACCAGGUCACCUACACCAGCGACUACUUCGAGGAUCUGCACAAGCAAGCCGUGGAGAUGAUCAAGGCGGGCAACGCAUACGCAGACAACACACCACAAGAGCAGCUGAGAGAGGAGCGCAUGCAGAGAAUUGAGAGCUCUCAUCGUAAUGACUCCAUCGACGACAACUUGGCACACUUCGAGGAGAUGAAGAAGGGCACCGAGGAGGGCACAAAGUGGUACAUUCGUGCCAAGAUCGACAUGAGCAGCAACAACGGUGCUAUGCGAGACCCAGUCAUCUACCGCUGCAACCCAGAAGCACAUCACCGCACUGGGACAACCUGGAAGAUUUACCCAACCUACGAUUUUGCAUGCCCAAUCGUCGACUCUGUCGAAGGCAUCACCCACGCGCUCAGGACAACCGAGUACAACGACCGCGAUCCACAGUACCAGUGGUUCUUGAAGACUCUCAAUCUGCGCCAUGUCUACAAUUGGAACUUCUCCCGCAUGAACUUCAUCAAGACUUUCUUGUCCAAGCGCAAGCUGAACAAGGUCGUGAAUGAGGGCAAGGUCUGGGGAUGGGACGAUCCUCGCAUGCCAACUGUUCGUGGUAUCCGUCGCCGUGGUAUGACCAUCCCUGCUCUGCAAGAGUUCAUUGUCAAGCAGGGUCCAAGCAAAAACAUCAACCUCAUGGACUGGACCAACUUCUGGGCUACCAACAAGAAGUACAUCGAUAACACCGCCAAGCGCUACACCGCUGUCACCACCAAAGAUAAGGUCACCUGCACCGUUGCCGGCGCACCAGAAGCACCACGCACAGACGAGAAGCCAGUACACGCCAAGAAUGCAGAGCUCGGCAGCAAGAAGGUCGUGUUCAGCAAGACCAUCAUCCUUGACCAGGAAGAUGCUCGCUCUUUCGAGGAGGGCGAGGAGAUUACACUCAUGAACUGGGGUAAUGCCAUCGUUCGCAAGAAGAAGCACGGCCUCAACCCACUGAACCUCGUCAAGUCUGAGGAAGACAAGUCUGUCACUGAACUGGAGCUGGAGCUACAUCUGCAAGGAGAUGUCAAGAAGACCAGUAAGAAGGUGACAUGGUUGUCAACUGACCAGGAGCUAGUGCCCAUCACUCUGUACGACUUCGACUACCUGAUCACCAAGGACAAGCUGGAGGAAGAUGAUAGCCUGGAAGCUGCUCUGAAUCCAAACACUGAGUUCAAGACCGAGUCGCUUGCCGACUGCAACGUUGCUGAGCUUAAGGAAGACGACAUCAUCCAGUUCGAUCGCAAGGGCUUCUUCAGGAUUGACAAGCCGUUCAAGCACGGUGAGAGUGCUGUCGCAUUCCAGAUCCCCACCGGCAAGAAGAUGUAG